AUGGACCAAGUUUAUUCUGAUGGAUUAUUUUGUUUGUUUUUGUAUUCUACGAUAGAAAUUUGUUUGGCGGGAUAUACAAUUUUGAAAGUACUAGAGACUAAGAGUGAGUCAAUUCUUAAACCCGGUUUAUAUGUUCUUGUUGUAAUCUUCGUAAUUGGAGGAUUUUGCGCUGCCGGCGAAUACCUGAAAUCUAAGAGUGUGUUAAUUGCGGAGGAUGCAUAUUUUCUUCCUUGGUAUGAAUUCAAACCGACUGUAUGCAAAAUGGUAGUGGUAUUAAUUCAAAGAGCGCAAAUUCCAAUAUCAAUAACAGCGGGAAAAUUUGUAAUUUUGUCGAACUCCAGUCUUUUUCAACUUCUGAAGGCAGCACUUUCUUACCUAUCUGUACUUCGAACAAUACGUCAGUGAAUAAAAUAUUAUA